ACUCCGGUCAAGCGCGGUCGGGCAGCAUGUUCUUCUCAGCUGUGUGAGGCCGAGCGACCGGGUGGAGCUCACGGAUAGGUGUCUGACCAACCAGUUGCUCUCCGAUAUUCUGGUGCUACUCCUGCUCUUCCAUGGAGGGAGCUGCAGGGAAUCUUCAGAGGAAACUUCGUCAGCUCGAUCAGGCCGUCGCUCUGAUCGAAUUAGCGAAACAGCUCUGCGAUGAAAAGGAGCGACCCAGCUGUCUUCCGGACAAGUUGACUCCGCAGGAGGUUCUUUUCACCUCCUCGUCACAAGGCUCCAUGAACGCUUUGAACAAUUCUAACUUGAACAAUGUGAGUAUAUGCAACUCAGAUCUGCGCGGAGCCCAAAUAUGUUCCCCGCAGGACGCGGGACAAAGCCUGGAGUAUGGCGAUGCGAACAAUAACAACAACAAUGGGGAGCCGAUGGACUUGAACGAGAAUGAUACUCGCUUCUACCAAGUCGAACUCGGAGACACCACGUUCACGGUUCUCAAGCGAUAUCAGGAUUUACAACCUAUAGGCGCCGGCGCCCAAGGAAUCGUCUGCAAAGCGUUCGACGUCGAAACUUCACGAGAAGUCGCCAUAAAGAAGCUCUCAAAACCAUUCCAAAACCCUACUCACGCAAAACGAGCCUAUCGCGAAUUCAAGCUCAUGCGACUGGUGUCACACAAGAACAUCAUUGGGCUCUUGAACGCUUUCACACCACAGACCUGCGUCGCAGAUUUCAACGAUGUUUACCUCGUCAUGGAACUACUAGAAGCCAACUUGUGCCAAGUUAUCAAGAUUGACCUUGAUCAUGACAGGAUGUCCUUUCUGAUCUACCAGAUGCUCUGCGGCGUGAAACAUCUACACUCGGCGGGCAUCAUCCACCGUGAUCUGAAGCCUUCGAACAUUGUAGUGAGCCGGAAAUGCAAACUCAAAAUCCUCGACUUCGGUCUCGCGAGGACGACAGGCAAGGAGAGCUUCCUCAUGACUCCAUACGUCGUCACGCGUUAUUACCGAGCUCCCGAAGUCAUCCUGGGCAUGGGUUACAAGGAGAAUGUUGACAUCUGGUCUGUUGGCUGCAUCAUGGGCGAGAUGAUCCGAGGAGCCGUGCUGUUCCCGGGUCGGGAUCACAUCGAUCAAUGGGAUAUCAUAACGGCUUCGCUGGGAACGCCUUCAGAAGACUUCCGAGCUCGUUUGGGGGACAGCGUCCGCAUGUAUGUGGAGGCGAAAGACUUCCAGAAAGGCUACAGCAUGGACGAGCUUUUUCCCGACAAAAGCUUCGUGGAUCAGUCGCCAGAAGGUCGUCAGAAAUCCAGCCACGCUCGAGAUCUCCUCUCGAAGAUGCUCGUGAUCGAUCCCGAGCAACGUAUCAGCGUCGAUGAGGCGUUGCUUCACCCCUACAUCAAAAUUUGGUACGAAGAAGAGGAAGUGAACGGCCCCGCACCUCAACGCUACAAUCACAGCAUCGACGAACAGGAACACUCAAUAGACGAAUGGAAGCAGCUCAUCUUCAACGAGGUCAUGCAAUACCAGUGAUUCAACGAUCGAUUGGGAAGUAUCGUCCGAGACUUGGAUUCAAUCUCGAUUCUUCGAUCGUUGGGAUCGUACCAAAAAGCUCUUCGGGGGAGCUUAUCCCCAUCGGGGACUUAAUCCAGAGGUGGUGUUUUUGUUGUCGUCUUCGAGGUGUUUCGCUCGACUUCUCGCAACGAUGUGAUCAAGAAAAGGCAAGAUGCGCUCGGAAAAAUCCCGAGGCGUCAGACCACGAACGCAGUGCUCAGCUUUAGAGCUAGCGGUUCCGCUAGCUGUCACCUACGUAGAGUUGGAUCGGGUGUGCACACGAAUGGCGGAACUAGUAGGCAGGAGGGACUCGGGCUCCAAGCGCGCCCCCGGGCGGAUCACACUUGAGCUCUUGAGAUCGAAGAAGCUUCGCCUCCGAUUAGCCGCGGGGCCCCAAUUGGACCAAAUACGCCACCGGUCACCGCAAAAUGUUUCCACCGGUUGCACCAUCAGAAUAUCUAGAGCGAAGCACUGACGAUUAGGAUCUUCCUUUAGAAAUGCGCAUGCGACUGCGCAUCACCGAUACUCACUGUUUUGACGCUAGUUGAUCGGAAACACGUGAUCUAGUGAAUCUAUUGUAG